CGGAGAGCAAACGGAGAGAAUUGAGAAUCAUGGAAACGCUGGUGCUCGAGCCUGUCGGGGUGUUGCACCCAGUCCUACAAAAGCUGCCAGAUUUUCUAGUGCGAAGGCUAAUCCGCCAGGAUGUGGCAUUGCAGCUCCGCUACUUGUACGGACUCUCUGCAGAAGAGCAGCUCCAGGGCCUUGUUAAUUUCGUCCAGAAUGCCAAGCAAAUGCCCGUCAUGGAAGCAAGGGGCUCUUUCCGGGACGAGCUCUAUGAUGUUGACUUCUUCAAACUCCUUCUUAGAAAGCAUCUCAAGUACAGCUGCUUGUUGUACGAGGAUCUUGUUGUACGAGGAUCCUUCGUUCACGGACGAGCAAGCCGAGGAAGCCAUGUUUAAGCUGUGCUGCGACAGAGCACGAAUCGAGGGCGGGCAGCGUAUCUUGGAUCUGGCUAUGGCGGACUGGUUUUGUAUAUCGCGCAAAGGUUUCCUUCCUGCCAGAUUACUUCCAUAUCCGAUUCGAGAGUUCAAACUGAGCACAUCCGAGAGGAAUGCAG